AUGAAAAUUUUAGCCUGGAACUGUCGUGGUCUCGGGAGUUCCACGACAGUUCGACAGCUGACGGCUUUAAUCCGUCAUCACAAACCCGAGAUGUUACUGAUAGCUAAGGCAAGAAUACCAUUACAGAAAUUUAACUUGAUCUGUAAAAGACUGCAUUUUGAGGAAGUCGUAUAUGUUCCCCCUGUUGGGCUGUCUGGAGGAUUGGGGCUCUGCUGGAUGAAAGGAGUCAAGUGCAACAUCACUUCAUAUCACAAGUAUGGAAUCCUGGGAGAGAUUUCAUCGGACCCCCCAGGUGUGCAGUGGAAUUUCUUUGGUCUAUAUGGUCCUCCCCAUGAGAAAGACAAAGAGACUUUCUGGAAGGAAGUUGGAGACUUCGCCCUAACCACCCCAUCCCCUCUUCUUCUAAUGGGUGAUAUGAAUGGUACCCUCUGUGACGCGGAAUGUAUUAAUUAUGCUAGAAGAAGCAACUCUGCGAGAUACGCUUUCGAUUUCCGUCGUAUGGUGGAUCGUGCAGGGUUAAUUGACUUGGGAUUCAUAGGGCCGUCUUUCACAUGGGUGAAGAGUAGCAAACAACCCGCAGAUGGAAAAAUUUUGUUUCCUGAUGCUGUACUGAAUCAUCUAUCGGCUUCCUCCUCUGAUCAUCGGCCAAUCCUUCUUGAUACACAUGGAGGAUACAAAGGAAAGCGUCGCCCUUUUAGAUAUGAGAACAUGUGGGUAAGAGACCCAAGAUGUUACUGGGUGGUUAAAGAAGCUUGGGCGAAGAGGCUCCAUGACAAUCCAAUGGAAGCUUUGCUUAGGGAAGAGAUUCACUGGAGGCAAAAGUCUAGAAUUAAAUGGAUCAAAGAGGGCGAUAGAUGCUCAAAAUUUUUCAUGACUUCCACCAUAGUUCGUCGAAGGAAAAAUUUCAUUCAGUGCAUAAAGGAUUCGGAUGGAGGUCAGUGGAUUAGAGACCAAAAGGAAAUUGCAGAAUGCUUCCUUAAGAACUUUCAAGACCUUUUCAGACAAGAUCAUAACUGCCUGACUCCCCAACUCAGUAAUCUCUUCGAUAGGGUCAUCACACACGAAGAGAACAUGAUGCUAAAUGCCAUUCCCAACCCAGACGAGGUGACUGCAGCAAUCAAUGAAAUGGGGAAUGAUAAAGCUCCUGGACCGGAUGGGUUUCCAGUAAGCUUUUACUCUCAUCAAUGGGACACAAUAGGCAAUGAUCUCUAUGAACUGGUAAUUCAUUUCUUUACCCACUAUGAUCUCCCUCCUUUUAUAAACGAUACCUCGAUUGUCCUCAUUCCAAAAAGAGACAACCCUGUGCACACCAGAGACUAUUAG